AUGAUUUGGUAUCUGCUGUAUCCUUUGCGAGGAACUACGGAAGCUCCUGUCCUUGCCCCGAACCAUCCUCUCCGCCGAUGCUUUGCGCGAUACGGUCGAUACGCUGCGAGACACGUCGUUACGACACUCAUCAUUUCUGUGGCCGUUGCCGCCAUCCUCAUCUACCCAUUUCCAUAUCUAUACACGUCCGACCUUAGCAAUGGCGCCUCCAAUCUCCCCCACCACGUGUGGACUGCAGCGCAGCCGCUCAAGGAGAACAGCACCGAGCCCGACGUUAUAAUGCGUUCCAUAUGGGUCCACGGCAGUUACAUGAAGGCUUUGGAACGCGAUGUCUUGCUUGGCGCUCUUGAACUGCAAGAUGAGCUUCUUGGUCCCACCAAAGAUUUCAGCCCGCGCCGGCCCGUAACGACCCUCCGUCUCCACGACCCGCACGUGGAUCUCGCUCCAGGAGACCGGGAUGCCUUCCAUGUCGUCAAUGGCCUCACAAAUCAGUCUUGGUUCUUCCAUUCGCCACUUCAGUACUGGGCCUGCUCCACGGAGCGCAUACUCGACGACGCGGACAUUCUAUCGACGGUGAAUGCUAGGAAAACGCAACCUACCUCAGUCAAUGUGACUCUGAGGCACUCCAUUGUCUUCAGCGGGAAACGCUUCGAGGACCGAAAACUCAUGGCAGCGGAUGCCUUGGUGAUCACCCUAAUACACCUCCGCGAUUCCCCGGUUGGCCGCCAAUGGGAAAGAAAGGCAGAAGCGCUCGCUACACGUAUGAGAAAUACGUGGACCGCAUAUCCCGCCGAUGGCAAGAGCAUGACCAGCCAACUCUAUGAGUUCCAAUUUAUGCCCAUCUCUAUGCAAGAUACGGUAAUACUGGCUCUUGCAUACGGCCUGGUAUCGGUUUACUUCUUAUUCAGCCUUUCAAAAUUACGAGCCGUCAAGUCCAAGGUCGGCCUCAUAGUCACGGUCUUCGCUCAGAUCGUUGUUUCCAUAAUGUCGAGUUUCACGGUAUGUGCCGUUUUUCGCGUCGACCUCUCGGGGAUUCCACAAGCGGCGUAUCCGGUCGUGGUUCUCUCGAUGAGUCUCGAGAACAUUUUCAGACUUAUCAACGCCGUCAUCAUGACUCCCUCGGAAAACAGCACGAGUAGUCGAAUCAGCCGUGCAUUUGGCGAAACGGCACACAUCGCUUUAGCCAGUUCGGCGCAAAACGUCUUCAUCCUGUGGGGCCUGUCCAAGGUGGUCUCACCCGGCGUGUCCGCAUUCUGCACUUUUGUUUCCGUUGCAAUUGUGUUUGACUUUUUCUACCUGUCGACAUUUUUUCUGGCUGUCCUCAGCGUCGAUGUCCGGCGAACAGAGCUGGGUGACGCACUCGCCAAAGCAUCGCUCAAGAACAAUCGAUAUGGCCAGGAGCAGCCACUCAAAAGAAGCUGGUUCGAGGCCAUGCUUCAAGGGAAAAUCGCUCUGUCAACUCGGAUCGCCGGCACCGUCGUCAUGAUCACAUUUGUCUUGAUUGCGCAGUGGCACUUUUUCGAGAAUGACACGAUGUUCAGGCUUGUACGUGGAAUUUUCAGGAUAGGUCGAGACACCGUCAACUUCAGCCAGCAGAAGAAUGCGAUGCUUGUCGACAUUCAUCAAGCGCGCAGUCCGACGUCGUGGCUUCGGUUGCAAGACCACGAAAGCGCGCGCGAGGUCAUCAACGUCAUCAAGCCAAACUCCCACAGUUACAUCGCGCGCGUCUACGAUCCACUGGUCUUUGUACUCAACGGCGCCGAUCGUACCCCGCGCAUGCCCGAGCGACCCUUGUUACCAGCGCUUUACGACUUCAUCGACCACCACUUGAAGCAUUUUCUAGUUACCGUGCUGUUCAUCGUGUCGGCUGUACGUCUUCUCAUGCAUUACUUGCUAUGGGGUGACGAUGCCGAAUCCAGACGAAAUGACGACUUCAGCGAUCAGCCUCUCCUUGCAGUCGAGACAUUGCCGGAGGAACACGCCCUCGACGUUGUUCUGAUGUCGUCGUCUUACGACGGUCACAUCAUCUCUGUAGGUCUCGACCGCUCAGUGCGGGUUUGGGACGUUCGAUCGGGCAUCAUUGGCUACUCGCUCGCUGAUGUCGAGCCACCGCCGGAGAAUCCCUUUCCCGUCUUGGCCGUCGCAACAGACAAGAAGUCCAACUGGUUGGCUCUGUUAUCCUCUCGCAAGGUCUUUCUAUGGAACUUGCAAGAGCACCGAUGGAGCAAAUCAGUGCCGGUGGAACUGAACGGCCAAAAACCGGAGGGUUUCUUCUUCGGCACGCCGACGUUCGACUACUCGAGCCCUCUGGUCAUUGUGCGACGAAACGGAACGAUGACCCAGAUCUUUCCCGGCUCAAAGGAGCCCAUGGAGUUUACCAUCUGCAAGAGCCCGCUCACCUCCGUUAGGCCGCUGGUGCAGAAGAACGCGCCGGGCGGAAACCAGCAACUAUCGAUCCUGACUGCAUCCAGAAAGGGGUGCAUUCACGUUGCAACGCAUCAGCAAGACAACUCGUGGGUUUCGCAAAGUUUGGAUGUUCACUCCAUCGAGGAUCGAGACGCGUAUCAAGUCGUGCCGCUGUCUGCGCUUAGCUCGUUUCUAGUUGCCAGAUCUCAGACGGUCGAUCUCGUCGACGCGAAGACCAACACCCUGCUCCACACGUUUGAAACGGAGCCAAUCCAGCCGCGGUCACUCAGGUGUUUCCACUCCUCGCGACGCAAACCGCAGUGCGGCUCGGUUGGACUUGUGUCAUUUGGCAUCGCUUACAACCACGCUGACUCGGGCGACUGUAUCAUCCAGACUUACACCUGUAAGGAGGAAGGGAAUGUCAUCUGCUUCCGCAACACGAGCAUGCCGCCCAGCCGCAGCUGCUCUUUGUGGCAUGAUACAAUCGAGUCGAAGCGGCAAAUCGCCAAUCCUGGCACAUGGGAGGCGCUCCCUAAUGGCUUUCUUGUUGGUGUUCGGAAGGACAACUACGACAGUGGAUCAAGCAGUGGAGAGUCGUCUCCGACGACAACGGGUGGCCUACGACGGAGGAUGUACCAACGACUAGAGAAGAGGCCUAGCAGAUCCCAGGACAACUGGGAAGUAUGGGUCGCCUCAGAGUUGGGUCGGGAGGAGAUUUACGAGACCAAGCCGUUGCACUCGGAGUUCGAGAACGGCUCGCAUCUCAUCAUUUCUGAGCUUGGUCCUAUGGUCAAGGUUGGCACAGCAUCUGUGGCGGUGGGGUUCGGAAACAUCAUUAAGCUCAUCACGGUCGGUCAUCAGCAUUUCGAGGACCUGGCCGAAGCCGGAAACGGGGACCUCCUGAAUCUCGGUAGCCGACGAAGGAAGCCGGCGGGCGGCGUUACACACCAGCGCAUGAAGGUCCCAUCGUGGAUUUGA